AUGCAGUCCAAGAUUGCUCUUGUGACCUUGGGCCUGAUUGGUUUUGCUGUUGGUGGUCCUUGCAAGCCUAGUAGCCGAGCCACAGUAAGCAGCCAGUCUGCGACCUCAUCGGUUGCGACAAUUGAUGGUUCUGAGACUUCGACGGACAGCCAUACAAACCUCAACAGUCUCACCAUCACGUCAUCUACUGCGACCACCGAAGUACCCAGCUCGACCCAUCCCCAGUCAUCAACAACCACUCAAGAGGAAGACAUCAUCAUCACCAACGCUAUUUCAGGUGGCUCCUUCGCCAGUCGCGACCGCAACAGCCCCAGUGGCCUCACCAACUUUGGUGCCUCAGGUAAUGCCGAGUUUCACCAAGGCGGAUGCUACCGUGCUGACGGUAGCCUCGAUGACGGCUGCGCGGCUUUGAGUGCUAAUGGGGACGUCACCAAGCGAAGCUUCUUUGGCUCUUUUGCUAGCAUCUUCCAGACCGUACGAUCGGUUCCGAGAAAGAAAUACACUAUCCAAUUCUUUUAUUUUAUCAGGUCAGCUGGAAGCCAAGGCUGUGUUGCAAGCGCGACAUUUGGUAAUUCAGAGUUCUAUUCUCAACCUGCCUUCAGCUCAGGACCAUCGUGGGCCCGGGUACUGAGGCAGGUCGAGGCACUUUCUGAUUUACCAACCUUUGCUAUCUCAUUGACAUGCUCUGGUGGUGGCGUCUCUUCAAUUCUGGUCGACUCCAUCUUCAUCUCAGAUCAAGUAACCCCAGAGACUAUUGACAACUUCAAGCUUGACUUGGGUGGGAGCCGUCCAAUUGAUCCUGUCGAGACAACGACGGCGACCAGGGCUCAAGAGUCCCCUGCCCUGACGACAAGACCCAGCGGAUCAACCAGCACUGAUGACUUGGGAAGCACGAGUGCUGAGACGCCUAUCUCAACAGCCUCUCCAGAGAUCAAUUCUUCGGCUUCCACUGAAUCAAAGUCCACUGGCUCUGUUCCCGAAACUUCCAGUGCUGCUUCGGAGAGUAGCGAGACUACAACAUCUUCCACUGAGCCUACUUCAGAAGGAAACGCCUAUACUACAGUCAUCAGUGCAUCUUCGACCUCUCUAGCUGCUGGAGAGACCAGCAUGGCCGAAACAACUAGCCCAACAUCAGAGGAAGUUGGCUCGACAUCUCAAUCCGUCACUACAGCAGAACCUUCUCAUACCACCGGCUCUGUGUGCAAGCAAACAUGCGAGAUCAUCAACGACUAUUACGUUCAUCUCGAUGACCUUGGUUGCGAUCUCAAUGGAGUUUUCACGAAUAGUGAUGCUAUCUAUACCCUUCCCGGCGAGGAAGUGGGUGAUACUCAAACGCACUGGUACAACAGCAACGAUGAGUGUGCCGAGAUCUGUAAGACUCUUCCUGGAUGUUUGUCAGCUGGAUUCCAGGGACUCUCUGGCAGGUGUUUCUUCUCCAAUACUCUGGUUACUCGAGACGAAAUACGCGAUGGAAGAGACAGCCAAAUGGUUCAUUGGUUCGGUAUGGAGUGCUUCACAUGCGGCUGCACUUCCGGCGAGACAUCGACAACGGCGGUUCCAACAACUACCCUGGUUCCCGAAUCAACUGGUUUCACCUCAACCACUAAAGCUACUCAACCAACAGGUGUCUGCCACAACAACCGUGGUCAAGAAUGUGAGAUUAACACAUCAAGUGUUGAGAACAAUGACUAUGUGUGCAUUGGUGGAGGCGUCUUUUUGGGUGAGACCUGGACAGUUCCUCGCUCAAUGUAUCCCAUGCAGGAGAACGGAGAGCAGUGCGCAGCCAUCUGCGACACUCUGGAGAACUGUGAAUCCUCUGGCUACUUCGGCAUGGAGAACCACUGUCUCUUUACAACAACCAAGAUCACAACGGCCGACUUUGCUGAUCCUGACUCGAACUACGACGAUCCCGGUCUGGACCCCAAGAACAGUGUUUGGAGCCAUAGAUCCUGCUAUACGUGUCCAACCUGCGUCCUCAGCAACGCACCUCUUCCUAAGAGUCCAACUUGCAACUACAAGCCUGGUGACUCUUGCACGCGUGUCAGCGCGGAUGGUGUCUUGUGCAAUUACUCGGGAAUGUUGCCUGGAACAUUCGGGAUUGAUGGCAGCAGUUAUCCUGACCAGAGUUCAUCCGGAAAAUGUGCUGCGAUCUGCCGGAAGAUGAACGGGUGUUUAGGUUCGGGUUACAGAAAUGGUCAGUGCAUGUUUACAAGAACUACUCUCGCGCCAGGUGAUUUUCUGGAUAGGCAUACAUACGAUCUUGUCUGGGACGAUCCGUCUUGCUUCGAAUGUCCUGGCUGUUCUACUUAG